AUGAUGCCGGACGCGGAUCACUCUGAGCCAGAGGUACUCCGCGUUGGAAUCAAAUCUUCUGUGACAACGCUUCCCGAAUUUUCGGUUCAAUUAUUCUCUAUCCACAUCCUCAUCACCAGACUUGUCGCCAUGAGCAAGAACAGCCAGCCUGAGCCCGAUUGGAGCAAGGUGCCUCUGAGUGACGAGAUAACCUGGACAGACGUCAAGAGCGCCAAUGGCCGAACCUUCAAGGUCGGGGUCCCCAAAGGAACGCCCAUCACGUCUGCCGAAGUGAAUGGUCCCGCCGACAAUGUUUUAGCUGAGAGUAGCAAGCAACCCUUCGAUAUCACGGUCAACUGGACCGGGGGACCGCCUCCACAAGGCUUCUCCACUUUCAAGACACCUACGGCCCAAGAAACCCAGAUCACCAGCAUCACCCGAUACAACUUGCAAACCAGUGGGAUCGACUACAAUGAGUUCUCCUUCUCCUGCACUGAGACGUACAACUUUUACUUCUACGAUAAGACUGGCGAUUACUAUCAAGUCAAUGUCUUCUGGGCCAGACCCGACACCUUGCACUACGUCUCGUACUUCUCCAGCGACCCUACCAUUGUCAGGGUGACUGGUAGUUAA